AUGUGCUUAUCAUUAUCUCCAGUUUCAAAAUACGUGGAACCGCGGUUGACAUUACCGGCAGAGUUGCGUGGCCAUACUGCAUGGGUGCACUCUGUUGCGGUCUCCGCGGAUGGCUCACGGAUUGCCUCAGGUUCCUGGGACCAGACGAUUCGGAUCUGGAAUGCAUAUACAGGCGAAGCGAUAGUCGAGCCACUCACAGGCCACACGGAUGAAGUUCUCUCCGUUGCAUUCUCCCCCCACGGAAAACUCCUAGCUUCGGGCUCAGUCGACCAUUCCGUUCGCCUAUGGGACACCGAGACCGGGCAACAGGUGGGGCAGCCGUUACUCGGCCAUUCGGAUACGGUGCGGUCCGUGGCAUUCUCCCCCAAUGGCGAGCGCAUCGUCUCGGGCUCCUCCGACGGCACACUCAAAAUCUGGGACGUGAACACAAGGCAGUCCAUCGGCGAAUCCACCGUCGACUCCGAGGUGAACUCUGUCGCCUUCUCACCCGACGGCAAGCACAUCGUCUCCGGAUCGGAUGAUGGAAAGGUCCGCAUUUGGGACGCGGAGACGCACAGGACGAUCCGAGAGCCGCCGGAAGGUCACGGUUACCCGGUUUUGGCAGUGGCAUACUCACCCGAUGGCAAACGCAUCGUCUCGGGUUUGCUCGACGACUCAAUCCGAGUCUGGGACGCGCAGACGGGAGAGACGGUUUUGGGUCCCUUGCGAGGGCACACCGAUCCGGUUUACUCUGUAGCAUUCUCGCCGGAUGCCAUCGGGAGGCGCAUCGUCUCUGGCUCGGAUGAUGGUACGAUCCGGAUAUGGGAUGCGCAGACGAGAAGGACUGUGGUGGGGCCGUGGCAGGCGCAUGGAGGAUGGUCGGUGAACUCUGUCGCCUUCUCACCCGACGGCAAGCACAUCGUCUCCGGAUCGGAUGAUGGAAAGGUCCGCAUUUGGGACGCGGAGACGCACAGGACGAUCCGAGAGCCGCCGGAAGGUCACGGUUACCCGGUUUUGGCAGUGGCAUACUCACCCGAUGGCAAACGCAUCGUCUCGGGUUUGCUCGACGACUCAAUCCGAGUCUGGGACGCGCAGACGGGAGAGACGGUUUUGGGUCCCUUGCGAGGGCACACCGAUCCGGUUUACUCUGUAGCAUUCUCGCCGGAUGCCAUCGGGAGGCGCAUCGUCUCUGGCUCGGAUGAUGGUACGAUCCGGAUAUGGGAUGCGCAGACGAGAAGGACUGUGGUGGGGCCGUGGCAGGCGCAUGGAGGAUGGUCGGUUGUCCGGUCUGUCGCGUUCAUGCCCGAUGGCAAAUGUGUCGUCUCUGGCGGCGACGACAACCUUGUGAAGGUGUGGGAUGUAGAAGCGAUGGAGGCUAAUGCUUGA